CUGGAAAUCUGCUCAGUACGAAUUCAGUUUUACAAGAGAAACGCGCUAAACAUAUUUACCACUGUUCGAUAAUAACUCGUCGAAUCAGCCAAAGCGCAAAGUUCAAUACACAAUUAUCCGGUUAUAGUUUGAAAGAUUUCCAUACAAACGGAUCGGAUCUUACAUACGUACUAUACAUAGUAAUUUUCCGGACAAUUAAGUGAUCAGUGAUGAGUUUCCAGCUGGAUUAAAAUAAAGGGUUCGUAUAGAAGAUCAUAGACUAAUGAAAAUAUCGAACACGUGGACGGAACUUCUGUUACGGGAGUAAAAACAAAGAUAGACGCGAAUCUAAUCGAAUUUCGCGCCGAGUAUAAUUUCCCGGGUGGUCGAGCGGCACGUGAUACGAGAUUAGCCGAACGAGAAGUCGAAGGUACCGAGGUUAUAAAUAACGGUCACCAGAGAGCGGGGAGUCUCUUUUACUUUCCACACUGUACCGUAGUGCAUUUGUUCCGCGCUCGUCUGACUAUUACGUUCCGUGCUGUGCUGGUGAGCUGGUCCGCCGUGCGAAACCCAAAGCCAGGGUGUCGGACUCCAGACUUGUACAUCCUUUUGCUUUCAUUAAUUAUUAGUGACGUCAGACGAACAAUACUCGAGCUGAGUCGCAACACGUGGCCAAAGCAUUUGAACGCAGGAACGAGAUACCAAAACCCGUAGCGACGACCGCGAGAAGAAAGAAAAUGCCGGAGACCGCUCAUCACAUGAACGGAUACGCUAACGGGCACACGCCGCCUGAAUUACAACAGGGCACCAGUUUUCUCUUCACUUCGGAGUCCGUUGGUGAAGGACAUCCAGAUAAAAUGUGUGAUCAAAUAAGUGAUGCUAUUUUAGACGCACAUUUAACACAAGAUCCUGAUGCAAAAGUAGCUUGUGAGACCGUGACAAAGACAGGGAUGAUCCUUUUAUGUGGGGAAAUCACGUCAAAGGCUGUGGUAGAUUAUCAAAAAAUUGUUCGGGAUACUGUAAAACACAUUGGAUAUGACGACUCAUCAAAAGGAUUCGAUUGGCGUACGUUGAACCUUUUGGUGGCGAUCGAACAACAAUCUCCAAAUAUCGCUGAUGGUGUUCAUGUGGACAGGGAAGAGAAGGACGUGGGUGCAGGUGAUCAGGGUCUAAUGUUCGGAUACGCGACAGAUGAAACAGACGAAUGCAUGCCACUGACCGUUGUGCUGGCACACAAAUUAAACCAGAAGAUUGCGGAGUUGAGGCGCAGUGGUGAACUAUGGUGGGCAAGACCAGACUCAAAAACACAGGUCACUUGCGAAUAUCUUAUGGAUCACGGAGCCUGUGUACCUAUGAGAGUUCAUACAGUGGUCGUAUCACUGCAACACAGCGAGAAAAUUGGUUUAGACGAAUUACGUAAGGCUGUUAUGGAAAAAGUCAUCAAGGAAGUGAUUCCAGCAAGGUAUCUGGAUGAGAGAACGAUCUUCCAUGUCAAUCCUUGUGGAUUAUUUAUUAUUGGCGGACCACAGAGUGAUGCUGGUCUCACUGGCCGUAAAAUAAUAGUUGAUACCUACGGUGGUUGGGGAGCUCACGGUGGUGGCGCAUUUUCUGGUAAAGACUUCACAAAGGUCGACAGAUCUGCUGCUUAUGCCGCAAGAUGGGUUGCUAAAUCUUUGGUAAAAGCUGGACUUUGCAGACGCUGCCUCGUGCAGGUGUCUUAUGCCAUUGGAGUAGCAGAACCUCUUUCAAUCACAGUUUUUGACUACGGUACUUCUAAGCGACCCCAAAAUGAACUGUUAGAUAUAGUUAACAAAAAUUUCGACUUACGGCCGGGAAAAAUCGUUAAGGAGUUAAAUCUUCGUAAUCCUAUUUAUCAACAAACUAGUACGUAUGGACACUUUGGACGAGAUGGGUUCACCUGGGAACAGCCAAAAACUCUGACUCUCGAUUGAUGAGAGCGUAGAUUUUAAAUCAUGUUGGCGUUUAUUAAUAUAAAACGUCUACCAAAUUGCUCUCGAUAACCAUGUGUCUCGUAAACGUUUUCCGAGAUUUUCCGGUCUCCGCGUUACUUCACCAAGUCCAUCGAUUCCUUUUGCCAAUUUAGUACUAGCAAAAAGAAUAACACGCUAGACUUUUCCACUUUAUGAGAUAUUUGAUGUUACGUGAUAUAGUACAAAUUUUGUAGAACCAACGCGCAGAUGACUGCAGUCAUUUUUCCUUUGCUCUUUGAAAGCUAAAUUGAAAUUGGUCGAUCGUUAGGUACAUUGAAACUAUCUUGAGACGAAGGAAGAGUAAGUCAGGCCUGUGGUAACACUACUCUUCCGAGGCUUGUGAGCAGUGCGUAUUUAAAAUACAAACUGAUGAAAGAUCAUUAAAAUAUGUAGAAAGAAGAACGUUCCGCAUUUAAAAAAAAAAGAAUUGUAAAUUGGCAACAUCGGGCCAGCAGAUAUGUGAGACGAAACUAUUCUCUCAGAUUUUUAGCGGUAUUAGUACUUUGUUUAAACGUACGUGAAAGUUCAACCAACUCAUAACCAAUGUAAUAUUCACUAGAUUAUACUAAACCCCACCCAAUAAUUUCAACCAAUGUUUAUGGUGCUUUCAUGUACGUUUCUCAUCGUUAGAAUUAUUAAUUGUUCGAGUGCAAAUAUAAACUCAUCGUGACUAUGUACAUUAAUUUUAGCAAAGUGGGAAAGCGAAUCAAUUUGAAGUGACCAAUAAAAAACGACAUUACUCUUCAUAUUGUUUAAAACCUUAACGAUUCGAUAGGUACGAUAUUGACAACGGGUUAAUACUAUCGCAUUUAUUUAAAUUUAUAUAUUAAUUAAGAUGUUAAAAAUCUCAUUGUCCUUUAAUUUAAAUAACGGCAAUACUAUUAACUCCACUACAUUUGUAUACAUACACGAUCAUUUUCCCUCUUUGCUUUGUUUAAAUAGAUAAUUGAAAUAGCCAUUGUCGAUCUUGCAGUGUAUAGCGCAGAAUGCUCGAACAUUAGAUCUUAUUUUUCGGAGAUCUAAUGCAGAUCGUGUGGCGGAGCUCGAAAGUCGAUACGAUUUUUUCAGUUUAUAGCGUGAAAUUUGUGAAGUGAUCGUAUUUUAAACAUCCACAGGAGAAAUUGUAAAUUAUGUUUAGUAAAUUCCUUCCGUUGAACGGUGUAACGAUUUUAUCGUGUAAAUGAUAUUGGCAGUGUAAAAGUGCACAAAAUCGUCAAAUGCAAGUCGUAAUAAAAAAGAUUUUUUAAUAAAAUUUUAAACCGCUAUUCAUUUCGUUCCGAACAGUAUAAUACUUAAUAACUCCUUGCAAUUCCUCGUAAUCACGUAUUAUACAUAUGCAGUUUAACGAAUCUUCUAAAUUGAUAGAGCUCUGUCGCACAGAUAAUUGCGACUAGUUGUAAUAAAAGAUUAAUAAAUCAUUUUUAUAUACAUU